AUGGUUUUAACGGAGCCUGAUAUUUUACAGUUUACCGAAUAUAAUUUUACCUUGAAAAAAGAAGUAGUUCUUAUCAAUAGAGAUGAUAAUGAUGGUCUUGGAUUUACAAUAAUCGGUGGCAUCGAUUAUCCAUAUUUUCCUGGUCAUAAUGGAAUAUUUAUAGUUUCUGUACGUCCAAAUACAGUUGUUGGAAGAGAUGGUAGAUUAAAAGCUGGUGAUUUAAUACACACAGUUAAUGGAAAAUCUCUACACAACAUCAAACAUUCCAAUGCAGUUCAAAUAUUAAAAAACCUUAAGCCUGGGCCGGUUGUAUUUGAAGUGACAUUUAACGCUGAAAAAUGUAUUCUUUUGCAGCUCAAACAAACAACUGUUCCCGGAAAAGGAGUUUUUAAAAAUAGAGGCUCUCUUUGUUCAGAAAUAUUAAAAAGAGAUUCAAAUUUAACACUUACUAACAAAAUGACAGCUGUGAUUGGGAAUCAAACUUCUGAAAAUUUAUUUAAUUAUACACAAAAAUAUAAAAAUGAACUUGAUAAAUAUGAUGAAGCUGAUGAUACAGGUAUUUCAGAUACUGAAACAGAUAGUGUUUCAACAAAAAAUAACUAUACUCCAUAUCUAAGACAUCGAUUUAUCAGUUCUUCAAGUAGCAUUUAUGGGAAAAACAAUUACAAUAAGUCAUCAGCAUCAUAUGAGUAUAUGAAUUUUGAAGAUGAUGAUAUAUUAGAAAGAGCCUCAACCGUUUCAUAUACACCAAGUGUAGUAGGAAAUUUUCAUGAUGAAAAUUGUAUUACUAUAACAGAAACACCUAAAAGAAAAAGAACCUUUAGUUUAAAUGAUAAUGAAAAUUUAAUUGAUGAUGAUAUCAUUCCUUAUUCUGAAUACAUGGUUGCUGUUGUAGGGGUUGGAGCAGUAGCUACAUUUAGUGUUCUUGUAUACAAAUAUUUUUUCAAAAAAUAA